AUUAAAUACAUCAUUGGCGCUGUUAAAUAAUAUGUAACUUUUAUAAUUUCUGCAUUUUCUAUUGUUUGGGAUAUUGUUUAUGGUGAAUCGGAUUUUUGGAACACAGUGUCUGAAGCAUGGGCCGGCGAAUGUUAUGGGCGUGCUUUUCCUUGGUAUUGAUGCCUUUGGUGAUACAAAACGUGGGAGGCCAACUACUUCCAUACUGCAACAAGAUACCACCUGGCCAGCCCACAACGGGUCCUCCUCUACCCGCACUUCCUCCUAGCUUCUAUACUAAAGUAGAAAUGAAGAUUCUCAACAGGGGCCGUGCCAUGGAUGUUGAGCAGUACUUUGAUGGAAGGAACCAAAGAGCUUCAAUCCGGAUGACCCAGGGUGGCCAGGAUACGAUGUCUAUCAUCAAUUUCCCUACCAACGAGCUCUUCAAUGUGUUUGGUACGAAUUGCGGUGUUCAACAACUGAAUGAGACUGAUUUUGCCAGAUUGUUUAUGGAAAUGGGGAGUACAACAACCAAUCCAGUCUAUUCCUCCAAGGGGGCUUUGAAGUUUGGACCGGAAUAUGGACAGAAAUAUAUUGGUUUGGAGAGGGUGCGAGGUAUGCCUGUCAACCAUUGGCAAAGUUGUCACCAGUGGGAAAGAGAAGGCUACACGACCACGUUCACAGUUGAUUACUAUUUCACAGGCAAGAACCUUAAUAUGACGGCGAACUGGUCGGACGCGGAAUCAGCGACUCCUGGAUCCCAAUUCCCAGUAAGGGCGGUAAUAAUGGGACGUAAUGGAGAAGAUGGUGAGGAAUUCAAUCACAUGUAUGACUUUGUUCUCUUUAAGGAUUAUCCAUCCAUAGAUGAAGCAGUGUAUCAAACUCCUUCGGGUGUAUACUGUGCUGGGAGGACAUCAACUCUGAAAGUACCGCAGUUGGGGGCAUCAUUCCGAUUCAACGAGGAGAUUCUCCUAACAGACAGAAAUAUCAUUGAAAAUGCAGAGGUGUGGUAUGAUUUUGAUAGCAGAUUGUUGAGGUUUGACUUUGGGUUCAAGGGAGAAGCUAAAUAUCCAACAGCAUUGACAGAGGUCCAUGAUUUCAAUACAGGUGUAGCCUAUAAGAAAGACAGAGCAACCGGGCGGUGUAAAAUAGAAGCACUGGGAAGUCGAUCGUUUGAUACAAAGCAACCAAGUCUGAGGGAGAUCCUUGAGGAUAAGGACUACGUGAGAGAUAUGCGGGGACCUAACCAGCUAUUCUACCUCGAUGAUUCAUAUAUCUUCACAGGAAAGAGAGUGAUCCGAGGCCUACCAUGUAACGCUUUUAUAUCAACACGAGAUGAUUAUCGUCUACCUGGCCAAAUGCUUCCAGCCACUGCGACAUUUGAAUUUUGCUUCUUGGCAGCCAAUUGGUUGGAGAUUGGUACUGGAUCCAAAGUUAGCAUGAACUACCCUCUGUCUCUCGAUAUAUGGAUAAGACAAGCUGGGUUCCAUGGCACCUACAAUUUCUUCAACUUCGAUAACUCCCUUAAGUCUGGUCUUGCUGUAUUCGAUGUGGAUGAGUGCUUUACUCAGGACCAGAAGAAAGACAUUGUUGUUAGGCUAACAGGGGGAGCAACUAGCACCAUCCGGGACAAUGUUGAAGAGUUUAAGGCAAGCUUCAUUGAACAAAUCAGUAACACAACAAAGAUUGGUCCAUUGAGGUUCCACAGGCUAGAAGUUGAUUAUGACAAGGAUAAUGUAUAUGUAACCACAUCACUGCAUGACAGACCACCAACAUCAGCAAUGUUCAGUCAACUCCCAGGCAACAGUGCUAAGCUGUCCAAGGUUAAGGUUACUAAUGUAACACUGGAAGAGUGUUCCGCAUUGUGCUACGAGAACAGAGACAAAAGCUACAACAAUGUGGAGUGCAAUGGGUUUGAUUACUGCAAUGUCACCUUUGAGUGCUAUCUCAGUGGAAGUCAUUAUGGGGAGAUAUCAUCUGGAACAGACACUGAUUAUCCAACUUGCUACAGAUUCUCAAGGAAUGUAAAUUCGACAGGAUCAUAUGAAAAGCAGCUAAAUGAUGCCUUCAGAGAUCUCAAAACAGCUAUAUAUGCAAAACAAAUCAACAUAAUAUACAAGGGAAUAUCUUACAUGGCAAUGUCUUUAACAGAGGAUUUCAAGAGAAAAUCAACAGCAGAAUCUACUGGUAAAUACCUCACACAGUUCAAGGCGAUGGCUGGGAAGAGUUUGAAAACUGCUGGGGCAGUGACUAUCAACUCCCAAGUGUCAUUAGAUGAAUGUGCCCAAUAUUGUGUAACUGAUAGCUCACUAGAAUGCAAGGCCUUCGACUUCUGUCCUACAAUUGGACUGUGUGUACUGUCAGAUGAACACCCUGAUGACUCUCCAGAUCAAAUCAAAGAUAUUUCAUCAUGUACAUUGUAUGCAAGGGACUAUCUAUACAAAUUCAACAAGUUGCCUGGUAAAGUAAUCCAAGUCAAGGCUGAUGCCACCAUUACUGCUGUAGCUACAGCACAGGCAUGUGCAGGCCAGUGUAUCCAAAAAUAUGAACAGUGUAAAUCAUUUGAAUUCUGUGAGGAAACUCAAAAAUGCCUCAUAAAGAAAGGACAUAUAUUUGACCUCCCAGACACUAGUGUGGUAUCAGAUCCAUCCUGUGACUAUUAUUCAAAGAAAUACAUAGAUGACUUUAAACAGACCCAGACUGGGCAGAUAAGCUUGAAGAACAAGAUUGUAUUCCAAGGUCUUUCUGCAGCUGCCUGUGCCCAGCAGUGUGUGGAGCAACUGGGGCUAAACUGUAAAGGCUUUGACUAUUGCCCAGUGUGUGUUAUAACUAGUGAUUAUUUGCAAAGGGAAAAUCCUAGUCAGAUGACAAAUGAUAGUUCACUGACAUGUCUUCACUAUACAAGAACAUUUUUACCAAAUGGGAAUGCCUACAUUCCUCCACCAAAAGCUGUGAAAAGAACAAAGGGAGGAGCUAAUUUACAAAUAGGUGCAGUUGUAGGUAUAUCAGUUGGAACAGCACUCUUUGGAGUUAUAAUUGGGGGACUUAUUGUUUUUGUAAUAACCAAAUCUAGGUCAAAAUCAAAUGACAAUAUGGCCAUGGGAUUUGUUGAUGCAGAGGUAACCAUGGACUCUGUAACACACUAACAUUACACAGAGUCAAGGUGAGAGUUCACAGAUGUUGGGAACCAGUGAUAUCAUUAGUAUUGCAUUAAAUGCAUGGAUAUUGCAUUGCCAAUAAUAAGAAUGAGUUUGAUAAAUAUAAUGCAAUGUAAUGAUCCUG